AUGAUAUUGAAGACAUCAUAGAAUAAAACUCGUAAUAAGAUUCAUUCAAAUCAGACACCAGAUGAGUUGACUUUAAAUAGAAACAACACAUUCUUGAAUAAAACAACAAUGACUCACUACUCAAAGAUCUAACCUAACCAAUCAAUGCUAGAUAACUAUGGCUUGGAUAACAAUAGCUCAAGUGGAAUAAAAACGAAAGGGUUCAUCAAUUUUGGAUUAUAAAUGUCUAGACCAGAUAUAUCUGGGGCAAAUGCUCAUGAAAAGAGGUUUGUACCUUUUGAUGUAUUUCCUAAUUCCUAUUCCAAAACUAAGCAUUCUCCUUCUGUUCAAUUUGAAAAGUGUUUAUCUAGAAACGACAAAAUGUACAGGACUAAUAUGACAGAAGUAAGGAUUGAACUUGGAAAGUAAAUGUAAGAUCCAAGACUAGAAUCGAAAGGUAUAUUGCAAUUUGGAAAAAUGUCACUUGGGAAAUCUUCUGACGAAUUAGUGGAAAGUGAUAAGAUUAAGAAACAUAGAGCAAAAAUAAACAAACUAAGCGGGUUUAAUUAAAACAUUACAGUCAAAGAAGAAGAAUUUAACUCACAAUUGAAAGAUCACAGAAAAUUAAGAGGAUUUCUCUCUAUAGGCAAAUUAGGAGUGACAAAUAUUGUAGGAAAAGGAUUGAUAGACUCAAAUUAUAUGGAUUCUGACUACAGAUGCUAAGAUACUUCUAUGUUAUAUUUGAAGAAAGACUUCAGGGUUGAUCCAAGAACAAAAAGAAAGGUUGGUGGCAACGAGCCUAGCUCAAUGGAAAAAUCUAAUAAAGUUAGAAGUACUAAUAAUUGUCCACUUAAUUUUAUAGGCCUUACUUUCAAUUAGCUUUUAGCCAAGUAUGGAUAUAUUGAAGAUGAAUCAAUGACUAAGAAGGAAAGAAUAAGGGAUUGGCAUAUAAAGACUGUUGAAGGUGAUUCAGAUGCAUCUAAUUGA